AUGCAAUCAGGACAAUGCACAUUCACGCAACCUCCCGACACCCAACUGAUUCGGACCAGGUGUCCUAACAGGAGCCGUCACUUGCCCAUUUGCCCCACUUCAGCCCACCUUCUCUCCUCACCAACCUUUCGGCCAGUCCUCGGCCUGUUUCGGCCGAGGAGCCUGACUUGUCUGCCGACAUCGCUGACAGCCUCUGUUCUACAGGCAGGACGGCAGCAACAUUUCAUCUGGACUGGACGACUCAUGCUGUCCUGGGACUUGUUGUCGGAAUGGAUUGAGUCUAGUCGUGCGAAGGAUGGUGUGACUGGUUGGCAUUCAGACGGUACCUUGGAGGCUCAGUCUGCCACCCGGCCAUCUGGUCAAAGAGCCACGCUUAUUGAGGUCAAGCGAAGCGACUUCAGGGUCUCGAGGUGCUUCAGAGAACGGUCUCCGUUUAGGCAAGGCGAUGGUGAGCAAUACCCAGCGGAUUGCAUAUUUCAUGAGGUUCUACGUGAAGAGGGUCAGGUGCCAAAACGAGCAGCGAAGCGGCGUCUAGUUUCCGUGUCCCAAGCAAGACAAGCCACGAUUGCCUACUCUGCCUCUUUCUUUGUGGGAAAACACACCACAGAACCCUGGCCACGCAGGCAAGUAGAACAAGAACAGUUACCACAUACAGUCUAUCAACUAGCAGCUGAUUAUCCGCCGUUUGUCUGGUCAGUUUUGGCCUCCCGUCUUGCAACGAAUGGCCUGGCUCAUCUGCCCUGGUCUAUCCCCUCCAGUGGUGGCCAGGUACAGUUACAGUGGCGACAUCGACAGGGCAACGGGAAAGCACAUCGCAAAACACACACACACACAUAUACGCAUACAUACAUAGAGCUCUCAUACUUCGACGUGUUGGUGGACUUCGUCAGGAUUGCUGAUAUGUAUACGCAGUUGAGUCGACUUAACAACGAGUGCCCUGGAGAUAUGAGCAAGUGGGACACACGUUAUGACCAGAAGCACAUCAAUGGCAUUCCGGUUUCUAGGGCCCAGAACAACAAGUCUUGA